AAGAAGGGAUCAGAAAUGGAUUUGGUUGAUCCUGAAAUAAGCUUGGAUUUUAGACCAACUUUCAUACCAAAAACGAUCACUAAUUUUCUUAAGGAAGUUUCACUGAUGGGAAAUGUUUCUGACAAGGCUUCCAAACUGAAUUCAAUUUUGAAAGGAUUGGAAGAAGAAAUGAAGAAAAUCGAUGCUUUUAAACGUGAACUUCCUCUUUGCAUGCUUCUUCUGAAUGAUGAGAUUGUAGCUUUGAAAGAGGAGUCGGUGCAAUGUGUGGUGAGAAACGUUGAACCAGUUUUAGAAGAAUUUAUUCCAUUGAAGAGCAAUGAGGAAAAUGAUCAGAGUGAAGAAGAUGGUUCCUUAAUCACCACCAAAAAGGAAGAAGACUCCAACAACAACUGCAAUACUUAUAAGGACAAGAAAAAUUGGAUGAGUUCCAUUCAGCUUUGGAACACUGAUGAUGAUGACUAUUGCUCCACUGAUCAUAAUCUGGAUACCAAGAGAAAACAUGGAGAUCCAUGUAAAUACAGGGGAGGAACGAGAGACUUUACUCCAUUCAAGGCAAACUUGGCUUUUGCAGUUAGGAAAGAAGAGAAAAAGGAUAUACCGGUUCCUGGAUUAUCGCUUUUGACACCUCGAAUCAAGAAUCUGAAAGAAGAAUCGGGUUCUACAGGUUCAAGGACAACUUGUAGCACGGCGGUUUCGUCUUCUGCAACCAAUGUUCGAUCGAAUUUUUGGUCUGUAUCACUGGCGAUGCUUUCCAAUCAUCAGCAGCAGACCGGUAGGAAGCAAAGGAGGUGCUGGUCACCUGAGCUGCAUCACCGGUUUGUCAAUGCUUUGCAGCAGUUAGGAGGCUCUCAAGUGGCUACUCCAAAGCAGAUCAGGGAACUUAUGCAAGUAGAUGGUCUGACCAAUGAUGAAGUUAAGAGUCAUUUGCAGAAAUACCGACUACUCACAAAAAGACUAGCAGUUAAAACAACCACCCCUGCAAAUCAUUCAGCCUUUGUUUUUGGGAGUGGUCAUGCAUGGAUUUCCCAAGAUCAGUACGGAGAAUCCCCGAAAGGGAGCAAUUCGCAGUCCGGCUCUCCUCAAGGUCCUCUCCAGAUAGCCACAAACACCAGAGGGACUUCCACUACAGGAGAUGACAGCAUGGGAGAUGAUGAAGAUGCAAAAUCCGAGUGCUAUAGCUGGAAAAGUCAUGCUCAGAAACUCAGAAAGAUCGAUGUAUAGAGUUUUAUCCACCAUGAAUAUUGCAGAUAAAGUAUACAUGGGAGGAAUUCAAUAUAUUACACUAUCAUGUAUCAUACAUUAAAAAAAAGGAUCUUGAGAAAUGAGAGAAGAUAAGAGGGUGUCAAAUUUUGCAGGAUCCAUCUUUCCUUGGAUCUUGAAUUGAAUUUUCGUUUUAUUGCAUUAUUCCCAUAUCAUAA